GGAGAGGGGGAACCAUGGGAAAGUGAGAGAAUAAAUAGGAGGGGGAGGCACUGGGAGCAACAGUCUCCACUCACCUCCACCACCAUGACCAGGCUUGUGAUCCUCCUCCUCAUCGGCACGGCAGCUGCCCAGUUCCAGUGCCCUGCCGAUGAUGGAUACUACAGCGAUCACACCCAGUGUGACAAGUACUAUGACUGCUACCGCGGCACCAUGACCGAGAAGCUGUGCCCCGACGGCCUGGUGUUCGACCACACCCAGUCCCCCAAACACGAGCAGUGCAACUACCCCUUCGUCGUUGAAUGCGGAGAGGGAACUGUUCUUCAGCCAGCUCAGCCUACUGGCGUGGAGUGCCCCCGCUUGAAUGGCUACUUCGAGCACGAGGACCCCAGCAACUGUGGCCACUACUACGAGUGCACUGGCGGCAUCCCUGUUCUCCGCACAUGCUCUGAUGGUCUCGUGUUCGACGAGUUCACCGGCACCUGCGUGUGGGAACACAGCGGCGUCCGUUCCGGAUGCGUUAAAAAGGCCGAGGUCCUCCCUGACGGUUUCUCCUGCCCCAACAUUACUCAGAUCCACACCAACGGUCAGGUGCUUGAUCACUCUCGCCACGUGAAGGGCGGUGACUGCAGGUACUUCUACGUGUGCGUCGAUGGCAAGCACCCCCGUGAGGUGGGCUGCGAGAGGGGUCUGGUCUUCAACGACGUCACCCUCCUCUGUGAUGUCCCCGAGAAUGUGUCAGGAUGCGAAAACUACUACCCCGAUGACAUCAAUAACCUGAGGCCAAACCCUCCAGGCAAGAACUAAAGCUCCAUCUGCAAUCCCUUCGUCGAUUAUCAGAUCUAGACAAUGAGUGAGAAAGACAAUAUUCUCACCUCUACACCACCUUCACCUAAAAACGCAGCCAUUUGGGUUCAAUAUCAAAGUAAAAAACUGUAUAUAAGAAAAACUAACACGAGAUACAAGUGUUCAUCUCAAAAAAUCACAUAACAGUUCCAAAAGCGCAUAGUCGCUGUAAAAAAAAAAAAAAAAAAAAAGAAUCUGCCAUUUUUCAGUAGCAUAAGAUUUUUUUCCUUCAAGUUAAAUUUCUUAAAGGAUCCAAGCCAACAUACAAAAUGUAGCCUGGUGUAUCUAGUCCAACUUAGGAUCACUGGAGCAGUUCUCAAGCCUAUGGAUUCCAUUGUAUAGUAUUUUCCAUUUCUCCUUUUGUAUAUUCAAUUACCUUCAUGCUCUUAUCUCAAGUUAUGCGAAGACGUCAUUGUUUAUAAGACAUUUGUACAGCUUUCCCUAAGUCUUCACCUCUUCAGUUAUCUCUAAUUUCAGCUGGUCUUCCACCUUUCCUCCAUUACUGCCUCCAUCCUUUUCAUCUUAGUUUGGGUACCCUUCCCUUCCUUUUAGAUCAAUGUUUUCCUCUUUUUCCUCUCCUCCUAUUGUUAUUUAUACCAGCUCCCAAACACCUGUUGCGUGUUCACAAUAAAACUAUAAGAAACGUU